ACAGAGAACAAAAAGAGGCAAUUUGAUGAUAAAAUGAUUACUCUUCUUUUAUGGAACGGAGUUUUGACAACCUAAUUCCGUUGAAACGUCCCUGCUUUCAGUUGGUUGUUGUUAUCGGGUCAAUAUCAUCGGGCCCGGCGACGGCGGAGUUCUCUCCUCCUUAUUUGCUCUUCUUCAAGCGCCCUUCACGACCAUGAUCCCUUGCCCCCGAUUCUAUCUCGGAUCUUACUCGCAGAUCCACCACCGCCGCCAAAACCAACUUCCUAGCUUCCGUUUCUCUUCCCAAUGGAUCCCACUUCUCGCCCCGCUGUCGUCAUCGAUAAUGGCACCGGAUAUACUAAGAUGGGAUUUGCGGGUAAUGUAGAGCCGUGUUUUAUUCAACCAACAGUAGUAGCAAUUAACGAGUCUUUUCUAAAUCAAUCUAGAACUUCAAAAUCGAAUUGGUCGGCUCAGCAUUCGGCUGGGGUAAUGGCAGAUCUUGAUUUCUUCAUUGGAGAUGAAGCACUUGCGAAAUCCCGAUCAAGUAAUACUUAUAGCCUUACCCAUCCCAUUCGGCAUGGUCAAGUGGAUAAUUGGGAUGCGAUGGAACGGUAUUGGCAACAAUGUAUUUUCAAUUAUUUACGGUGUGAUCCUGAAGACCAUUACUUUUUGUUGACUGAGAGUCCACUUACUGCUCCUGAGAAUCGAGAAUAUAUGGGUGAAAUUAUGCUUGAGACGUAUAAUGUUCCAGGGCUUUAUAUUGCUGUGAAUUCUGUCCUUGCUUUAGCUGCUGGCUACACUACAUCUAAGUGUGAGAUGACAGGGGUGGUAGUGGAUGUUGGAGAUGGGGCUACACGUAUCGUACCUGUUGCAGAUGGUUAUGUUAUUGGGAGCAGCAUUAAGUCAAUACCAAUAGCAGGAAAAGAUGUUACUCUCUUCAUACAGCAGCUCAUGCGGGAAAGAGGAGAGAAAGUUCCGCCGGAGGACUCAUUUGAAGUUGCUCGGAAAGUUAAGGAGAGAUAUUGCUAUACUUGUUCUGAUAUUGUCAUGGAGUUCAACAAGCAUGAUAAAGAACCUUCAAAGUACAUCAAACAGUGGAGAGGUAUUAGACCAAAGACAGGGACGCCAUACUCCUGUAAUAUUGGUUAUGAACGAUUUUUGGGCCCUGAGGUUUUGUUUAGUCCCGAGAUCUAUGGCAACAGCGAUUUUACAACUCCUUUACCAGUUGUAAUAGAUAAGUGCAUUCGGUCAGCACCAAUUGACACAAGAAGAGCUUUGUAUAAGAAUAUAGUAUUAUCUGGUGGAUCAACCAUGUUCAAAGACUUCCACAGAAGGCUGCAGCGGGAUCUGAAAAAGAUUGUGGAUGCCCGAGUACUUGCUUCUUAUGCUCGGCAUGGCAGGGAAGUAAAAGUACAACCUGUGGAAGUUAAUGUAGUCAGUCAUCCUAUCCAAAGAUUUGCAGUGUGGUUUGGAGGUUCUGUACUUGCAUCAACACCUGAAUUUUUUCGUGUUAUGCAUCUCAUACAAAAAACAGAAUACGAGGAAUAUGGAGCAAGCAUUUGUCGCACAAAUCCCGUAUUUAAGGGGAUGUAUUGAGGCAAAUUUAUCUUUUCAGGUGAUCAAUGAAGAAUUCUCCUAUGAUGCUCAAGGUGGUGAGUAGCUUGUUCAUCAUUGUAUUUCUUUUAUUCCUGAUUUGCUUGGUGCUCAUCUGUAUUGGUUGUAUGAGAUGAGUAGAAGUAACAUGUUAGAUAGCGACUAGCCAGUCUCGAUAGCAGUGGUCGGAAAAGGAAAGUUAUUACAUUAAUUCUUUAAUUAGGAGUCGAGGGUCCUGAAGGCAGCCCUAUGGAAUGCCAUUAAAAUUUGUUACCAGCAAGUCCUGCCCACACUUAUGGAUCGGAUGGAGAGUAUAGAAUAGAUGGAUAAAAAAUGUUUGAGCUGUAUGGCAGAUGAAGUUUUCAUCUUACAUAGGAUGCGACAUGGAAAAAUAAAAUAAAAUCUCGGAUGGAUGGUUUUGUUUUGUAGGGAGCAUCUGCCUUUCUUCCA